AUGGGAACAACGGCCGCUCAAGCGUUCCUGUCAACGCAGCCCAAAAUGGUGAUUCUGAUGAGUGCGACAAUCAACACUGAGAAGUUUUCGGAGUGCUUCGACGACGCGCCUUGUGGUUCUGACGCGGUCCGGAUUGUUCCCGACGUUUUCAUGCACAUCGUGGAGAUGAAGCGUUCCGAAGCGAUUUUCUGUUUCCUGCCCGGGUGGAACGAAAUCAACAAAGUGCGAGCAGAGCUUUCCGAGCGAGCUCCAGCGAAGUCUGACGACUGGAUUCUGCCGCUGCACUCGCGUCUCCGAUACCAGGAAGAGCAAAAGAUCUUUGAAAAUCCUCCAGCAGAUGUGCGCAAGGUGAUCCUGUCCACCAACCUUGCUGAGACAUCCGUCACUGUCGACGACGUGGUGUACGUUGUAUGCACUGGUCUUCACCGAGAUCAGCGCUUCAACCCAUCCACGGGUGUAAGCCUGCUCGGUACGCUCCCCGCGUCGAUGGCUAGUGUCCAGCAGCGAGCGGGUCGCGCAGGUCGUGUACGAUCUGGAGAGUCAUGCCACCUAAUCACGGAAAAUGAGUUCCUCUCCUGGGACCAGUUCAAGCGCCCCGAGAUACAGACCACCGACCUAACAACGGUGGUCCUCGACCUUAAAACAAUUGUAGCCAAUGCAUCACACCUGCCCGAUGACGAAAUCGAAGAGGAGGCAUCUGGCAGUGACGUGGUGCCCGACAACGCCGGCGCCAAAAGAACUAUUUACGACAUCAUGACAGGACGGCAGCUCACAGUGUCCAGCAAGUCCAACCUUCGGAUAGACCGUGAGCUCAUGGCGAAGGUUGAGAAGUCAUGGAAGUACUACCAGCGUGCAAGACUACAGCUUCCAAUAUUUGCACGCAGGUGA